AUGGCUAAACAGAUCAUCGCUGGAGAGUUUGAAUUUGUGUACCUGAGCCCAGAGGCAUUGCUGAACAAUCCCAUCUUCCAUGACAUCUACUUUGAUACCACCUUCCAAAGUCGCCUGAGCCUAGUUGUUGUUGAUGAAGCACAUAUGGUCUAUGUAUGGGGCCUGGUUGCCAGUGGUGAAUCAAAGGGACUUAAUUCACAUUCAAGACAUGGAGAACGCGGAGUCUUCUGGCCGGGGUAUGGUGAACUAGCUGCUAGACUGAUGGUGAAUAACGGCACUCCUCUGCUAAUGAUGUCGGUGACCUGCCGCCCAAUUGCAAUCCGAAAAAUUCUAGAAUCAUUCAAGCUGAACAUGGACAUGGUUGAGUUUGUUCGAGCUGAACUUACCAGGCCGGAAAUUCGCAUCUUGCAAAUCAACAUGAAAUACUCCCUUGCAUCUUCGGACGAUCUUGCUGGUCUGUACAGCAGCCAAGAACAAACAUAA